GCCUACUACUUUGGACUGUGUGUGGAGCAAGAUCUUAAACCGGAAGUGAAUGAAGCUGUCAACACCGUGGAGAAACAAAGACGACUUCAGAAGAAACUCUCAUCUUUAGCCGCAGGGGACAGAGAUGUGAGCUCCAGGUGUACAACUCAGAGUCUUUGGAAUAUUCUUUUUUUCAAGUCAAUAUGGCAAAAAAGGAGGAGAAAGAAUGGAUAGAACUGACAAAGCCACUUUCACAAAAACAUCAACCAAAUGGUGCCAACAGUCAACUUGUGACCAUGACAGGAACCGUCACCCAUGGUUACCAGACAGGGCAGACAGUUGAAGUUAUGAUGGAGCUGACCGAUACUGAGCUGAAGCGCUUGACCAGCAAGGAAGAUCAUGCAGCAUCCCGUCAGUGUCGGUGUGGGGCGAAGCAGGGACUACAUAUCAUCCUUCUCUCGGUCGUCUGCUUCCCUGUGGCGUUCAUUGCGUCGGCCUGCAUGGCGUUCUACCUGGGUAGCAUGACCUGGUAUAACAUUUACCUGUACUUCAGUGAGGAGAAGACAAUAUGGCACAAGGUGUCUGUGUGUCCAUUGCUUAUUUUGACUUUUCCCUUCUCGGUGGGGUUGUCUGCUGUUGCAGUGGCGAUGUACGCUGCUGUCAUCCAGGUGUCGUGGUGGUUCUCAUCGUGGAGGAAGGAGUUUGCAGACUUCGAGAAAGGCUUCUAUGGCUGGCUGUGCAACAGAUUGAAGCUUGCUGAGUGUUCACCGUACGAAACUGUUAUUCUUAAUGAAACCGAUGAAGAAAUAUUACACACUUCGCGGUCUUAAAAUCGAUUGAUUAUGAGAAUGCAGUGCUGUUGAAGGGUUUAAGUCUUAUCAAUGCUUGUGCAAUCAAAAUACUUCUGUCACAGCUACAAUGUUUGACAGUCUGACCAGGCAAUAUGUUUCUUGUCAGAAGUUUGUGUCAACCAGAUUUCAAUGUGAAACUUUCCCUUGCUCCGUACAGUAUAAGGAUAUUCAAGCUUAUGGAAGUAGUGCUGUCAUUGAUAUAUCGAUAUGCUGAAAGAUUUAUUCUGACAUUUUACAUCUGUUAGUAAGGUCAGAUUUCAAAGUACACAGAAUAUAGACUUUGGUCUUGGACAUGGUGAAUAGGUCGUUUGAUAUUGAAGUAUCGCUGUGAGGAGGACUUGGGUAGGAAGUCAUCCAGGGUGUAAUGGUAGUUAGAUGGUGCCAGUGACGCAACAAUUAUUUGAGUCUAAAUGGUAAUUGGGAGUCCUUUGGACUUAUUUCAGUGUAGUCCACAUAGUCUACACAUACGGACCAUUAUUAUUUUUGUACUUCGACUGAAGUUGGUUAACAAGACAGGCGUUGGUAUGGUCACAAAGUCAAGAUACCUUUUAUAACAUAUUUGGACAUUUAUUCAGUUUCUGAGGCAAUAGGUGUAUGAAAUGUCUCAGUGAGCUUGGUGACAUCUUUAACUUCCUUCUUUAUGUCAUGUACGCUCAUCAGCUCAUGGUGGCAGCCAUUACGGACAGGCUUGAUUGAAGUGGCUGGUGUAAGGGAGGCAACUCUGGUAUUUUUUGUGUUGGUUUGUGUCAGCUGUACAUGACAUUUUGUUUAUGUGUAUAGAUAUAUGUGAUAAUUUUGCUCUGUAGACAUACAGCAGUCUGCCCCACAAACCUUUGAGUCCACUACCCUAAACGAGCCUUGGGGCCAUUUUCAGCAGAUGUUUUGUUAAUAGAUGGGUUAUUGUUAGCUGAGGUUACUUGACUAAGACUUAACAGAAGUUUAGGCUUCAGACUUGGCUCAAGUCACAGACUGUAUACAGUGACACCUCAAUAGUCCAGACUCUGUUAGUCUGAUAAACCACACCUUCCGAACAGCCUUGUUGGGUUGCCAAAGUAUUACUCUCUACCCAUGAUGCAGUGGGGAUGUUUGUUAAUCUGCACGAUGUGAAAGAGUGUGGAACUGACCGCAGUGAGGAGGUGAUAAUAUGUACUCUGGAGUGUGAUGAUGACUUGGUACUGUCUACUUGGUCUACGGAGAGCAUCACAUCAUCAUCAGCUGGGAUGUGUGGUUCAGGGAUUUAUCUAAGCAACUUUGGCGAGGAAAUUUGGGGGAAAAUGUGAUGUUCAAAAUUGGAUUAAUUUAAUGUUCUUAUUUUUGUAAAUUCUGAGGAAUUGGGAAACGUUGUAUUCCAAAUGGGAAUGUUCUCUGUGUUUUGCAGACUUAGGGCCGAAUAUCGUCCUCUGAGCAGGUCCAGAUAAGUCCCUGUGGUGUCCUCAUAGAACCAGUCAUUUUCGUCACCGCUAUGUGUGUCAGCUAUUGUCCUUUAACAAGUUUAAUAUCUGCGUUGAUCUGGUCCAGACUCAAUUGUUUUCAGACAGCUGUCAUAUAGCUUGAAUAUUGCUGAGUGCGGUUUUAAACAACAAACAAAACAUUAUAUCUCCUCUGUGUAACCAUGGUUACGCUGCUUGCAUAAUAGAGCUGCCACUCAGGUGUACUGUAUCUGAUGGAUGCUGUGUGGCCGGCCGGGACAGUAUUAAAGCCAAACCUUGCUAGCUUGAGUUUAUUGAGACAUCACUGUGUCUCUUGUCUUUGGUGGAUGUUGUAAUCUCACGUCACUCCACUUGCUCAUGUGGCACUGGAGUCUAAAGUCCGCUCAGUGCCAGGUACUUCUAUAUUUGAUACAUGGCACAUGAUCCAUUGCAAAUCUGGUAGUUUUAUAAUUGAUGCAUUAAUAUGUCAUAGCACACAUUGCUUCAGAAUCUGGUAGUUCGUUAAUAUCUCACAGCACCAAAUCCACUCAGCGUCUUAUAAUCUGUAUCACAAAAAUGUCUCACUGCAGAUGAUCUUAUUUAGAAUCUAGUAGGCUUAGUUGUUGCACAGUCGUCUCUGUUGUUUGUAACCAUAAACCAUUUUACAUGUAACACCAAAAUAAUGACUUAUUCCACUAAUUAAUGUCAUUUUGUACACUUUGAAAAGUAGUUAAGGAACUGCAUGUAUCGCUUGUCGCAUAUCAGAUGCUGGGUUAUCUCCCUUUGACUUUAACAAAUGUGAUGUUUGGGAUAACGCUUUCUUUGACCACUUUCUUGUUGACACGUGACUAUUCUUUGACUGUCCGUGAGUAUUUCUGUACAUGGUGUAGCAGGUUGCCAGUGGUGGCAUUAUGUCUCACUCGGUCAACUAGAUGUGUUGUCAGUUGUCUAAAAGGAAGCUUAUAUAUGUGUCAUUGUUUCUGUUGACCAGAGGGACAGUGAAACAAAGUUGAUCCUUUCUGAAACUAUGGUUUGAUACGCUGCAGCUUCUACACUGCUAUAUGACCAUGGUUAUUUGAAGGCCUUCGUGUGUCGGUCUUGUUGACAAGCUGGUGAUGGUUGUGAGUUUCAGUGCUGCCUUACUUGUAACUAUUUUCUUACACUAAUGUACAUGCUGUAUAUGUGCAUGCACUGAGCCUAACUAUUUUGUAUGAUCUACCAAUAUUGCAAUUUACAGAGAAUUAAGAUGGUUGUGAAGCAUUUAGAGGUUCAACAAUGAACAACCAUAUCAGAGUUUGUAUUUAGAUAAGAAAGAGGAUACUUUUUAUAAAUAAUUCAACGUCAUGGGAAAUUGUUCGGAUCAACGGUUCUUUGAAGGUGCCUGCAGUUUAGCAUCUACUUAUUAAACAUCACUUAUGAUUAGAUUGCUAAUGUUUAGUUUUAUGUGAUAUGGAAGUUGUAAUUAGCAUGGAAGAUCACCACAGAAAGCAUUUCUUACCGUCUCCUAGGAAUAUAUGGACAGGAAAUCCCAACACGGUGUUGGCUAAGACUAGAUUCAACUGAACAGAUUUCAGCAUGAAUCUGUCUUCACAUCUUAAGCUUGACACAUUCACUGCCAGAAACAGUAGGCUCAAGUGCAUGUGUCACAUGGCUCCUAUUGGCAUUCUAGGUGGAGUACAAUGGUAUAAGUUACAUGUGUCAUUGUAGCAGGUGUACAGUAGUUUACUAGCUGAAUGCACACCUAUUCAUUGGUCCAGCAGUUCAGCAAUUCCCCAAAACAGUCUUGCAAUAACGGGCAGUAACAACCUGGCAUUACUUCAAAGAUCUUAGCAAAUUAUUGGCAUCGUGCCUACCUUUUCACUGUAAGGCUGGCCAUACAACUUGUGUGGGAUUUUACAAGAUGGCCACUGGCCAAUCAGGAGGCUUGAUUUUAUGAUGAGUAUUAAUUAAUUCAUAAGCUGUAUUUAGUAGAGAAAGCUUUGUUGUAACUGUCAGAUAAGAAAAUAAGAAAAUGUUUUUACAAUUGAGAAUGCAGACAAAAUGUCUGUUUUUGAAUUUGCCAAACAAUAGUUAGGCCAUAGUUGAUGUGGAAACCAAAUGAAGGUAUGAUCUUGCAACUUACAGUAGAAUCAUCACAGUGGUCAUGGAGAGAAUGUGUCGCAGGCAUUCCAAGAUUCAAACUUGCUGUAAGCAUUAUUAAUAUAGUUGGCAGAAUGUUGAGUAUUCUAUGUAUAAAAUAUGGAUGCACUGUCACAACCUCUCAUUUAAGAAUAUCACUGAUGGCGCUAGUUUGCACAUGGUGCUUACCGUAUACAUAUCACUAACACAAUGAGGAGUUCAAGUAUUUUUCUGAGAACAAAUUGCAUGAUGGAUGUUGUGGAGCCCACAUGCACUGGAAGCAGUGUGUUAUGCUUAUAAUCACCUGGGCCCAUUUGCACAAAUCGAUCUUAGCGCUAUCGUAAGGCUAUGUUAAAGUAUGGGAGUUACGAGCAUCUUAGCGCUAAAAUCGUUUUGUGCAAGUGGGCCCUGGUGAGUUACAGAGCAUAUUUACAUUUGUGAUACAUAUAUCUGUACAUCCCUUCUAUUCAGGUAUUGCAGUAUCGCAGUGUAUCAUAUCCCCACUUCAAUCAGUUGCUGCUGUGGUGAUAGGUAUUUGUCAUUGAUGUUUCAUGCCUUAUGAUUAUAUGAACAGUUAACAUAUUGAUGAGAAAUUAAUGUAUUUGACAUUUUUGAUGAUGUGAUUACCUGUUCUGCAUCAGGUGGUAUUUCUCACUCUAAAACACUACAAUGUUGAAAUAUGAUCAAUACUGUCUAGGCACUGUUGCUAAUGAACAACAUGGUAGGUGUAAAUUUUUGCUGACUAUUUUGUCAUACUAUUUCACAGUGGCCUACAGUUAUCUAGUUUGUUGUCUGUUGUUACCAUGGUUACCUCCUGACUUAUUGUGGUCUUGAUUUACAAUCAUUAAAAAACUAGGAUAACACUUUUGCAGUGUUAUUCACUUGUUGGUAAGUAUUUUGAGGCACAAACAGUACCUUUUGAUAACAUGUAUGACACUAAGUAUGUUUACUACUUAAAGUAUAAAACAUCAUUCACUCUCACAGACAGUGAACAAAAAGUAUUUUUUGGGCCAGAUCAGUUUAUUUUCUAUAUUUAUUUUGUUUAAUGUUUCAAAUAACAAAUAACUACGCUUCGAACAUGUACAAAUUCAAGAGCCUGUACCCAUGUUUUUACACAUACAGUCUUCCCAGUAACCUGUCGGUGACAUACAAACUGAAAAGGGGAAGUAUGUCAAAUAGUUUAUUUAUUUGAUUAGUGCUAUCUGACUUAAUUAACUUCAGUGUAAUGACUGAAGCCUCUCUUCUGUCUCAACUGGGAGAGAGGCUGUGUAUUUCAUCAGUAUUGCCAGCACAGACAAAUUGGAUGAUGUGAAACGACCAAGAAUUUGGUCCCCAGCAACCUAUGCUGGUUGUAAUGGAUCAGGUCGUCAGGCUUGGUGAGUUUCUUGAUGGCUUGUCAUCGUACCCGAUGGCAUGGACCGAUGCUCAAAAUAUCAAUCACUGGAUUGUCUGGUCCAGACUUGAUUAGUUACACAUGCCGCCAUCAUACAGCUGAAAUAUUGCUGAGUAUAGGCCACACACAUCUGAUAUUAACUAAACUAUGUUCAUCACAGAUUUGACCAGGAUCAGAUGUGUUUUACAAUACAAGCACCAGUUAAUAUAUCAGUUCACUGUGUUUCUACACACAUGGCAUCCUGGUGAUCCAGGGCAUUAUAUCUCCAUUGUGUGAGGAAAAAUACCCUUGACCCAUUCGCUGCAAUAGCUUUGUUUCAAGACCGAUUAUAUGAUGAUACAAAUAAUCGUCCAAUCAUUUUGGCGUGGGCGUGAGACGUGUGCUCAUUGUGGGAGAAGUUGAUGUCCAUAAAUUGUGUCUACUAUGUCAUCUGUCAACUUCUAAGUCAUAACUAUCAAACAAGUCAUUGUGUGCUAAGUUAGUGAGAAGCCUUGAGAUGGUGAUGUCACUUCUGAAACAAAGCUAUGGUAGUGAAUGGGUGCAGGGUGUUUAUUACAUGUAUAAUAGAACAGAGAUGUCACACUGGGUAAUGAAGGACGCUCACAUGGAGAGGUUUAUUAUAUUGUGAAAGUAUAAAUGAUAUUUACAUCAAGGUAGCAAAUCAAGUUUUUGAAAAUGUUUAAUUUAGGGAAUCAUGGUGCUAUGGAAAUGUGCAUUUGCUUUUUUAUAUUUGGUCUAAAUGUACAAUGUUACAGUGUAUGUUAUCAAUAUUCAAUGUUCUGCUCAAUGUGGUGAACACUGCACUUCCUCCUACAGACACAAUAUAAUGGGUGUGUACAUAUGCUUUCAUAUGAGUAAAGUGAAUCUUGUGUA